AUGGCCACCAUCACUACCAUCAAGGCCCGCCAGAUCUUCGACAGCCGUGGUAAUCCCACCGUCGAGGUCGAUUUGACAUGCUCAGAUGGCACUUUUGCUAGAGCUGCUGUUCCAAGUGGUGCAUCCACUGGAAUCUAUGAGGCCCUUGAAUUAAGAGAUGGAGGAUCUGACUACCUUGGGAAGGGUGUAUCAAAGGCUGUUAACAAUGUUAACACGAUUAUUGCUCCUGCCUUAAUUGGCAAGGACCCAACCAAGCAGACUGAAAUUGACAACUUAAUGGUUCAACAGCUUGAUGGAACUGUUAACGAAUGGGGUUGGUGCAAGCAGAAGCUUGGAGCAAAUGCCAUAUUGGCAGUUUCUCUUGCAGUCUGCAAAGCUGGUGCUAGUGUCCUGAAAACUCCUUUGUACAAGCACAUUGCAAAUAUUGCUGGUAACAAAAAGUUGGUCUUGCCAGUUCCCGCCUUCAAUGUCAUUAAUGGUGGAUCACAUGCAGGAAACAAACUUGCAAUGCAGGAGUUUAUGAUUCUUCCCGUGGGAGCUUCCUCUUUCAAGGAAGCCAUGAAAAUGGGUGUGGAAGUAUAUCACCACUUGAAGUCUGUCAUCAAGAAGAAAUAUGGUCAAGAUGCAGUAAAUGUUGGUGAUGAAGGUGGCUUUGCUCCUAAUAUUCAGGAGAACAAAGAGGGUUUGGAACUGCUAAAAACUGCUAUUGAAAAAGCUGGUUACACAGGCAAAGUUGUCAUUGGAAUGGAUGUUGCUGCCUCUGAAUUCUACACAUCAGACAAAAAAUACGAUCUGAACUUCAAGGAAGAAAACAACAAUGGCGCAGCAAAGAUAUCAGGGGAUGCUUUGAAAGAUCUCUACAAGUCAUUUGUGACUGAAUACCCAAUUGUUUCAAUUGAAGAUCCUUUUGACCAAGAUGAUUGGGAGCACUAUGCCAAGCUAACUGGUGAGGUUGGGGCCAAGGUACAAAUUGUUGGUGAUGAUCUCUUGGUCACCAACCCCAAGAGGGUUCAGAAAGCUAUUGAGUCAAAAGCAUGCAAUGCCCUUCUGCUUAAGGUCAAUCAAAUUGGAUCUGUGACCGAAAGUAUUGAAGCAGUUAGGAUGUCCAAAAAAGCCGGAUGGGGCGUAAUGGCCAGUCACCGAAGUGGAGAAACUGAGGAUACGUUCAUUGCUGAUCUUUCUGUUGGUUUGGCAACGGGUCAAAUUAAGACUGGAGCCCCUUGCAGGUCAGAGCGUCUUGCUAAAUAUAACCAGCUCUUGAGAAUUGAGGAGCGGAGCAAACUUCCGCACCCCAGUUGAGCCUUACUAAACUUUUGGAGUGGAAAAGCACUAGUUUGACAUGAGUUGAGAAAUGAGACAUGGUUGCGGUGUGUUUUUUGUUGUCAUGAAUAAGUUGGUAGUUAGAACUUUAGUCGCUACAAAGGCUUGUUAUCAAUAAUUUUGACUACUGAGGUUUAAUGUCAGGGGUAGGAUAGUGCUGCCCUAUAAUUUUAAAGGUUUAAAAUGAUACUCUUUAUCUUUAAUUGCUUGAAGCUGUCUACUUUCGUUUCA